AUGGAUAAACUGACAGAAUCGCCAGGGCGAUAUCGGCCGCUAUCGCGCAAAUAUGAUACGAUUGAUAGAAGAUACAAAUUUUUCAAAGCGAACAGCGCUGCCUGUUUGCAGAUGCACUACCCACUACUGAAAGACGAAAUGGGGAGACACAUCUGUCAAGUAGUUUCUUCAUUUUCAGAACCUUAUGCGGGUGAUUUUGAGCGCCAGAUUUUGAAAGAAAGGGAAGACGAUAACCGUAAGAAAUUUGGAAACAAGCAGGAAGUACUCACCACAGUAAACGAUUUACCGGAUGAUAUAUUGCUGAUUAUAUUUGGGUACUGUCAUCCGAUCGAUCUGAUUAAUUGUUUCUCUUUGGUUUCUCGCCGUUGGAAUAAUUUAGCAAAUCAUUCUACUCUCUUGAGCGAAGUUCGGGUUCUGGUUACUUACCGUACGUUGGCAUACAAAAGCGUAAAAAGAUUUUUCGCUAAGGUUGAUGUUAUUUAG